AGCUUAUUGGAGGAAGCGCUUGUAAACACGUUUUACUCUUCGGUUGUUAUUAACUGUCAGUCGAUGCCCUUAAAAAUACUUCAGUAUGCAGAUAAUAUAUUUGUAACAUCCGGUGAGUUAUAAACCCGGAACAAACCACACAAGUUGCUAGUUGGCUAGUUGUUGUUGUUGUUGUUAAGUUAGCAUGUUAGCUAGUUGGUAGCAUCAUGGAUCCGUUGAGUAUAGUUGUGGACGAGGUGGCUUUGGAGGGACUAGACGGAAUAACUAUCCCCUCUCUGUGGAUAAGACUACAGAGUAGAAAGCCUGCUUUUCCUCUGAAACUUGACGACCACACCAAGGAGCUGAUCUGGAGGUCACUUAUUAACAACACCGAGCUGAAGGUGUACCAGCUGCCGCAGGAGAGAGACGAUGUGGUGCUGUUUGACAGGUUCAAAGACAUCGACCCAGAAACAGGCAUUGAAACAAGAGAGAAUUUUUCUUACACACGGAAAGACGUCUACCCGAUUCAUAUGGUUCUAGAAAACAAGAAUGGGAUUCAGGGCUCGUGUGCAUUAUUCAAAGAGAGGAAAGACAUCACUAAAAAUGUCCGCUCAGAGUCCCUCACCCCCUUGCUCAACCUGCAGGAGGCUUUGGAACAAUAUGGCCGGAAACUUGUCGUCGUGGCGUGUCAGGCGCUGCGAUUCAGGACCCUGAUUGGUCCUCAGAGCGAUCCGGAUUUGAAACUCAAUGACGACUCUUACUGUGUGCUGGAACGAGUCGGCCGAGCUCGAUGGCAAGGAGAGCUACAGAAGGAUCUGCACGGAAGCUCUUUCAAGAUCGAUGCUCGGAAGCUGCACUACAUGAGGAAGGCUCUCGUUAAACAUGGACUGGUCAGCAUGCAGUCUCACGUCACACGAGUGAUCUCAGGGCAACAGCAGCACUCCAUCCUCCUGCUGCUCAAAUGCUUCUAUGUGAACAGGAGGGCAAAAUACGACAUACUGAUGGAGUACAUCUCCAACCUCCUGAAGCACUCCCCCGGUCAGUUUGCCACUCUGCUCACACUGAAACACCACCUGAAUGUGGAUGACAGCACUUUCAAGCGUGUGUUUCAGUACAUGAGAACUGCCAAGUUGGCUGAGUUCUGUCAGUACCCUCUGGAGGAUUUAGAUCCAUCAGCCGGGCCGUGCGUCAACAAAAAAGGGAAGAAAGUGCUUGUGCGCUGCCUGAGAUUGUUAAAGCCGUACACGAAGAAGGGCGCCACUGAUGAUGACGACGAUGAGGACGAGGACGAUGAUGAGGACCCAGCAGGGAGAAGCGGAACUAAUCCUCCAGAGGGGCGAGUCAUGGAGAGGGAUAUCCUGUCGCAGGCCUAUAACAUGAUAUUAUCCACUGGCACAAAGGGAAUGGCUCAGCGCGGGGUCAGUUGUAAAGUGAACGUCGGGAAGCUGGAAUCUCGUAUGAUCUGUCGAAGGCUGGAGAGGGAGGGUAUGAUUAAGGGAUUCCUGGAGGACCAGGGUCGACAGAGGACGACACAGUUCAUCAGCCAUAGGUGUGUCGGUGUGAGUAAUCGACUCCAACAGUUUGCUAAGGAGCAGGAGCGGACCAAGCUCCUCUACUCCUCUGCCCCAUCGACAUCACAUGAUGCACCGCCCACCCCUAAAACACCACCAGCCUCAAAGCGGAAAAGAGAAACCUCCAAAACACCUGCGGCAAAGAAGAUUAGGAAAGCAGGUGGAGGAGAAAACAAGGAGGCUGAGCAGACGGGCGAAGAUGUGGAAGUGAAUACAGAAAGUAGAAGCUUGGAUGGAGAGGGAGGAGAGAAAAGUGGAGGGGAAAAUGAUCAGGCACAACCUGGGAGCCCCGUCGUACAACCGGCUGAAGGUGAAACCCCAGCCCGCAGCAAAUCAAACACCAGUGCAGCACCAGAGCCCGUGUCCACUUCCACAGCAGCAGAACCGGUUCGGGUUAAGGAGGAAGAGUCCGACUCAAAUCCUUUCCGCACUUUUCCUGAGUGUGAGGAGUCGAACACAGCCAACAACUCAGGGGAAAACGACGUUGUGGUUGUGACAGAUUUCUGCAAGAGACCGGCCCGGGUUCGUACAAAAAACAAAUAUGCCUUGGCGAGAUCUCACGAGACGUACCGCCUGCUGAGGAGGAAGAACCUGAUCGUGGAGGCGGUGCGCAACUUCAAAAUCAUCGAGGGUCUCUUCCCGCUGCAGAAGAUCAUCACUGACGACGAAAAGAAGGAUGGAAUCAACACAAGGUGUUGCAAGAAGACUAUUGUGCGCACCGUGGACAGCCUGUCCAGAGAAGGCUUACUAAAGGUUUACAAGACCACCAUCAUACAGGACGGGGUCACCAAGAACGUGGCGAUGGUCGCCCAUCCGUCCGUUCAGCCCACCGAUGAAAUAGUGACUCGACUAAUCGAACAGAUCCGCUUUAGAAUCUCCAGUUCCUACUCCACUGUACGUCAUCAGCACGCUGAAGAGAAAGCCAGAGAACAAGGCACGGACCCUGACGAUAUGAGCGGCAGCCCUUCUAGAGCCGCUAAGAGAGACAAGAAGAGAAAUAAACACAACGAGUUCAAGCCCAUAACAGUUAAAGGAUUGGGGAAGUCUCUCGGCUUCCAGCCUAAGAUGCAUCGUAUGCGUAUUGUCCAUAACUUCCUCUGGUACCUGAUUCACGGGCACCCGAACAAACCGAGCUCAGAGGACUCCCCGUCAACCAGCGACACGUCGGCACAGCAGCACACCUCUAAUCCUGAUCCCAAACAUCGGAAAGACUCUCCGAACAAACAAACACGGCCGUCUGAAAACGCUGCCUCGACUAACUUGGAUGUGAUAUCGUCUGGUGAUGAAGAGGAGGAGCUGAAGGAUAAAUCGACACCUAGUCCCUCUCAGUCCGACCUGAAAGUGUACUCUGAAGAAGACUCCUGGAAGAAAUUCAUUCCUCCUGUGCGUGUGCAGAAGGGGUUCAGCAGCGGCUGGGCGAUGGUCAGCGACAUCCUCCUCUGCAUGCCGCUCUCCGUCUUCAUUCAGGUCAUACAGAUCAACUAUAGGGUGGAUGGUCUCGAGGAAUAUCUCAGCCACCCCGUCAAGCAGCACCAUCUGAUCAGAACGCUUCCUGCCAGAAUGAGAAGACAGCUGCUCUACAAACGGAAAUACAUCUUCUCUUUCCACGAGAACCUGCAGAAGAUGGUCUACAUGGGGCUGGUGCAGUUUGGCCCCAUAGAGAAGUUCAAGGAGAAGGACCAGGUGUUUGUGUUCGUGAUGCGCCACGCCACCAUCGUUGACACCACCAACGCCGAGCCGCACUACUGGCUCGUCUCGGAGUCGUUCGACAAACCCUUCGAGCAGCGGCACUACACGUUCAACACCGCUGAGGAUGUGGAAAACUACUGGUUCGACCUGAUGUGUGUCUGCCUCAAUACACCACUGGGGGUAAUCCGCAAUAAGAGGAAUACCUCAGAGGAAGAAAACGAUCCUUCCUUUGUGCACGAACGCAACGUGUUUGUGGGACUGGCUUACCUGCUGAAGGGAAAUCUGGAAGUGUGUGACGACGGCUCGAUACCAGGGGACGGUAAAGGAGCCGGAGGUCUGCACUCUGAAUUCUUCGCUCAUCUUAAACGCAACUGGCUGUGGACCAAUCAUCUUCUCGCUGUGAGAUCGAACCCGAGUGGCUUGGAGUCGAAGGAGAAUAAAAUCAGACUGAAGAGCUUGCUGAGUAAAAACGCUCUCAGGAUCGCACUGAAAGCUGCAGGAACUACUAACCCUCGCUAUUUGACUGCCAAGCGAGCACUGGUACCAGAAAUUAUUGAGGUGGAUAUUGAGCCUGCGUCCAGAAACCAGCAGGUGGUCGGAGGGAAGAAACAGAAGAGGAAGAGAACCAAGAAGGAUGUCGCCAAGCCCCCACGCAAGAAGAAGAAAGAGCCGAAGAAACGACUGCCUGCUCACGACGAGGCGGACCACCAAGCUCUGAAAAUGAUGACGAGGCAGAGAGUCUACUGGUCUGUGCAGGAGGACUCUCUGAUGAUGCUCUGCAGAGUGGCCUCCAACCUGCUCAACAGCAAGUUAAAAAGGCCGUUUGUACCGUACGUUGUGGUCAGAGACCUGCUCCACGCAGAGUUUGAGAUCUCCAUGGAUAAAACCUCCGUCGCUGUCGGACGUCGCACACGAUACAUCCUCAAAAAUCCUCAGACGCUCCUGAACUACAGGAUCUGUCUGGCUGAGGUGUAUCAGGACAAACCUCUGAUGAGUCUGCUGGAGGAAAACAAACCCACUGAUCCCAACAGUGUAGAGGAUUGUGCAAAAUCGUUCUUGGAGUACGCCCGGCUGCUCCGGCAGAAGUUCAGCUCCGUGGUUCUGAGCGCUCGCGAAAUGAUCAUGCCCGACUCCAAACAUGAGCUCUUCUCACGGUUCAAGGUCUCGGCGAUAGAGAGUGGAAAGCGUGUGUCGUGGAAAGAUAAUAUCAACAGCGAGAAUGACAUUCAUUGCAUAGUGUUACAAAACUUGAUCCAGAGCACUCUUGCUAUGACCAACAAUCAGAUGAAGACGUCCAGAUCCUUCCAGACCUUCCACAUGUACAGUAAGUAUAACCAGGAGCUGCUGUGCCAGGCGUUCAUUCAGUGCAAGAAGAGAGGGCUGGUGAACCGGCGCCGAAUCAGCCAGCCGUUCGGUCCGAAGAAGAACCGAGCGCUGCCCAUCCUGCCCAUGUCCUUCCAGCUGUCCCAGUCCUACUACAGGUGUUUCUCGUGGCGUUUUCCCAACUCGCUGUGCACUGACUCCUUCCGCUUCCUCAGGAGUCUCAUCAACCACGGGACGUCUGACGACAAACCCGCCACUGCGUUCUACCAUGAGCCCGAGAACCGGUCGGAGAUCGGAGACGUAGUAACAGAGAAAAGAGCGCCAUCAGAGAAGAAGAAGAAGAAGAAAAAACUAAACGAAGGGGAGGAAGAAGCACCAGUGAAGGAGCCAGAGAAGGAAAACAGCGAGUCCACAAAGGAGGGAGAGAAAGACCAAAGUAAAACAGGAGAAGAGGAGUUGAUGGAGGUGAACGAUGAAAAACCUGAGGAGAAAAGCAAAGCAGGGGAACAGAAGGACCAGGAAGACUCGCUCACAGCUGAUCUUACUGAAGAUCCCUCCAGCAGAGACCAGACCGCUGCAGAGUCUCCAGAUGUGUCUGCUGCUCCGACCGCUGCAGAGGAGUCUCCAGAUGUGGCUGCUGCUCCGACCGCUGCAGAGGAGUCUCCAGAUGUGGCUGCUGCUCCGACCGCUGCAGAGGAGUCUCCAGAUGUGGCUGCUGCUCCGACCGCUGCAGAGGAGUCUCCAGAUGUGGCUGCUGCUCCGACCGCUGCAGAGGAGUCUCCAGAUGUGGCUGCUGCUCCGACCGCUGCAGAGGAGUCUCCAGAUGUGUCUGCUGCUCCGACCGCUGCAGAAGAGUCUCCAGAUGUGUCGGACAUGCUGCAGUUCUGCAUGGAGUCCCCAGGGGGAGCCAGCGGCGUCUGCCUCAGCCUGAUGUCUCUGGGACUGCUGAGCGUCUUCAUGUCCAUCCCCAAACAGGUGGUGGUGGUGGACAGCAACCUGGUGGACAAUGAUGUGGUCAAAAGUUUGGCAGCUCUGGAAGAAGACGACGAAGAUGAUGAUGAGGGUGAGGAUUGUGAGGGGAAGAAAAAACUGGAGGUGAAGUCACAUCAGGCGUCUCACACCAACUACCUGAUGAUGCGUGGAUACUUCUUUCCCGGGAUAGUGAAAAUUCGUAACCUCAACAGCCUGGAUAACAUCGUGGUGGAGUCAUGCAUCAUGAAGCUGCAGCUGCGCGACACUCCCGCUCACCACGUGUUCAGUUCAGAGAACUCUCCAGCGCUGGACUUGACUAAAUGCGGUCCAUCUCUGCUGCCCUCCGUCCUCUCCUCGUCCACCCGCUCUUCCUCCUCCUCUUCCUCCUCGUCUCCCCACAGUGUGAAGGAGUGUGAGAGGCGUUUGAUCGAGCAGAGGGGGUACACUCCUCAGGACGUUGAAGCCUGUGCUCAGCUCAGGAGGAGUCUACAGGCGGUGAGGGAGAACGGUCUGGGUGUUCAUGACCUCUACGAGACUCACUCUCAGCUGCAGGAGCCGCAGGGGGGACGCAGCAGGAGCCUACAGCAGUACCUGAAGGAGUUGCAGGAAGAAGGCCAGGUGAUGAAGGUCGGGGGUCUGGGUCCUCGCUGGGUCCUGAUGCAGCACUCUGAGCCGUGGCUGCUGACGGUGAAGCAGCCGUCCAAAAAAUGGUCCGACUCACGCCUCAACUCGAACAGAAUCCCCUUUCUGGAGAAGAAUCACAACAUCCCCUUCAUGCGCAUGAGAGCGAUGCGGGAAGUACGACACGAGGCAGAGGAACCGCCGGCGAGAAAAUCAGCUGUGGAAAAACAAAGAGGCAAGGACGUAGCGGGAUCAUCGAGUGACGUCACGGGAGAGAAACCAGCUGAGGAAGAAGAGCUGGAGAAAGAGAAGGAGAGGACAGAGGAAGGAAAUGGGGAGGAAGUGGUGAUCUUAGGAGAGGAACCAGGGAAGGUGGUGCAGCCUGAAAGUGAAAGAGAGAUAGGACCAGAGGAGGUGGAUAUUGAGGAGAAACAGGAGGAAAAGAACAGUGUAGAGGAUGUGAUGGAGGAAGAAGCGAGCUCUUCAUCAACACAACCGGCUGAUGUGGAUAAAGAGGAGAACGUGAGCUUCAUCAGCCGGCCGUGGCGCAUGGUGGACGGGAAUCUGAACCGGCAGGUGUGUAAAGGCAUGCUGGAAGCCAUCAUGUACCACGUCAUGUACCAACCUGGACUCACACAGCAGGCUCUAGUGGAGCACUACAAAGACGUGCUGCAGCCCAUGGCCGUGCUCGACCUGCUGCAGGCGCUCACAGACGCCGGCUGCGUGACGAGGAAGACUCUGGAGAGAGCUUCUAAACCUUCGCUGUUCGCCCGCUCUGUGAAGACAAGCAGUGAGACCAAAGCGAUGAUGGAGGAGCCGGACUGCGUGUACUAUGAGCCGACCAUCAGCUGCUGCCUGCGGCUCGGUCAGAUGCUGCCCAACGAGCGGCACUGGAACAGCUGCAUGCCAUGAAGUUAUCCCGAACCCUCGGAGACAUUUUACAGAUUAAGGCUCAUAUGUUUUCCAGUGUUGUGAUGAACCUAAACGAUUUAGUUUCGCGGCAUCAGGUUUAUUUGACUGAUUUCGCUUCUGGUUUUACAGAACGGAGAUUUCUUUGUUUUUGUUUUAAUCUUUUCUUUUGUUCGUCUGUUUUCCUUUUUUGUAUGCUAAAUAAAUAAGCCAAA